CUAUGUAAAGGGCCUUCGAUGUUCCUCGCUGGCUAAGAUAAUCCCAGGAGCUUGUCAAUUAAUAUACCUUGUUCUCGAGGUUCAUCAAACAAGGAAACACACAUUCUCCCGAGGUUCACAGCGGAGAUUUAUAUAAGUGGAUGGAACCAUUCACGUUUGAUGAGUUGCUUAAAGGAAUCCUCCGGCAAGAGCCUUGUGCACCACUCAGCCUUCAAAUAAUAUAUGAACCCAUCAUUAGGCCACAAGCCACUGCUUCCGCCACCACCACGGUGCAACGGCCCACUUCAGAAAUAACGCUCGACGAGUACCAUGAAAAUAAACAUGUCCGCUGAUAAGAAAGAUACCACCAGCGGCAGCUGGGCCGAGACGGUCUCCGCGAGCUUCCCGGAGAGCGAGGGCUACACGAUCCACAUGAGCAUCCACCAGUGCCGUGGGCCGAAGAUGAUCAUCGCCAGUCACCGCGGAGACGACGAGCUGAUGGGUUGUGAACGCCGGGCCGUGCAUUGUGCCGGCUACCAGGGCGAAAUCCUGGGUAUGGCCUUGCAAUUCCCCGAGUCGUGCGGCAGCGUCCCGGAUACCGUGCUUGCCGAGCGCGACAACUUUUUUCUCCGAAAGUGGCCCGAGACACUGCUACCGAUGCCGACCUACGGGGCGGUCAUCGCCCGCGACGAGCCGCAGCACGUCAAGUCGGAGUUGUUUGGCCAGCUGUUUCGGCUGUACGUCGAUCCUGAGCGGGAGGCACAGAGAGGCCGGGUGGACUGUGCACGGUUGUUCGUGGACUGGCUGCACGAGUGGAAAAAGAGUCUGGUGGCCAAGGGCCCGCUAGAGGAGGUUCCGUUCGAGUUGCUGCUCCAGCCUGCAGGUCGGGCUCGAGAGAUCAGCGACUACAUCUGUCCUGCUUGUUCUUUCGAGGAUAUGUGAACUUGAGAAGGAUUGAG